AUGUCGGAGGGCUAUCCGGGGAUGUCCGUCAAUCUCCCGCAGCAACAGCCCCCGCCCUUUCAGCCGCAGUUCGCCGCGCUACAGCAGCGCGGCUUCGGAGGCGCGGCGGCCCCGGGCUACUUCGGCCCGACGCAGCUGUGCCCGUCCGGAAUGAUUUCGGUGCCGGCGCCCAUGGGCGGGCAGCCGCCGGCGGGGUACCAGGCACAUUUUGCCGGCGCGGAGAGAGCUGGAGCGACCUUCGGGAUCGGGACGCAGGAUGAAGGCGGACAGAGCGGACAGAUGUCGCAGCCGCACACUGUAUCCCCGCAGCCACCACCAUCCAUUCCGCCGCCCCCGAUGCAGGGCCAGACGUAUCCCGUGCCGCAGGAAGGCUAUUCCGGCGUGCAGCCGACGCUGCCGCAGCAGCGUACCGCGCCCAUGCCGUCAGGUGAGAGUGUGUACGGGCCGAACGUGGCGGCCGGCCAGGGACCGCAGCAACGCCCACCGCUGUCCUAUGCGGCAGCUGUCCAGUUGCCGGCCUCGCCGCAUCUGAGUCAGCCGCGGAGCACGGCGCCCGCGCAUUCCGGGCCGCGGGCCACGGUGCCGUCGCCAGCACUGCAGCAGCCGCCCCGGGGGCACGGUCAUCAGUCCGGACGCCAGCCGCCGCCCAGCGCGGGCCACUACCGGGCCGGCAAUCCGAACGCAGGCCAGGCUCGCGGCCCCAGCAUGCCCAGGGGCCAGGGCCCCGCCGGGGCAGCAGUACGCGGGGAGGGGCGCGCAGGCCAACCAGACGCGCAGUCGUCCGCGCGGGAGACGGGGAUGAGCAUGUCGACGGCCGUGGAGACACGCUGCCCCGCCGUCGUUUGAUGCGGGUGGAGUGGAUUCCACGGGACGCUGGCUGUUGGUUGUUUUCUUACUGAUCUCUGUUACUCCGGCCUUUUUUUCCCAAGCUGUCCUUGUUUCUGAUUUGUUUUCUUGGCCCCCCUCUUUUUGUCCCUGACUCAUCUCACUGGCGGAUCUGCUCUCCAUUUUCUUUCAUUAUUUUGUUUGUUUUGUGUUGAGCAUUUAAUAGUGGCGACUGGCGCGUCCACUUGUUAUUCUAGAAUUAAUUUGUAUCGAGAAUCGAUGGUCAGGAGAAGCGCACGUCAUUCGGCGCAAGUUACGCGAUGUGGCAAUUAAA